AUUAAUCAUACCAAUAGCAUUUAUACAUUAUUGUUUUAGAAGAAGGGCAAUUUUCAUCAAGUUGACUAAUAAUAACACUAAGUGAGAUAAGGUAAUAUAGAUGAAAUAUAAUAAUAAUAAGGAGAGAAAUACGUUGCUGAUGAGUAUUCCAAUACAUUGAUAAUAAUAAGUGAAAUAGUGUAUGUCAAUAUGUGUGAGAUAUGAUAUUAAUUACAAGUGAGAUACGGGUGAGGCAAAGAGUGACAUAUAACAACAGUAAAAUAUAGUAAGGGAACAAAUGAAAUACGUUAUUGAAUGAUAUGAUACAAAAAUUAAAUUAACCGCGGCUAUAUUGAUUAGUUAUGUAUAACAAGGAAGUUAAACCAUAAAAGGGGCCGUUGAUUUGGCUCAACACUUUUGAUCAUCUCAUCAAUUAUUUCAUCACUAUUGCAUGAACCCUUAAAUUGGUCACUAUUAUAGUAAAAUUAAUGUCUUAAUUCACAGUCAUCUAAAUUUCUGUAUAUACAUACGCACUCUUUUACAAAUCACGAGAUUGGGUCACUAAUACUUAGACAAGAUGGUUGAUUUGGAAGCUGAAAUUACAGCCACCCCAGCCUUAAACUCUCCCGCCAUGUCCAUCUGGAAGAGAGCUACUAUACCAAUUACUCUCAAGUUUGACGACGUCGUUUACAAGGUUAACCCCAGCAAACGACGAAAGUUAUCGAAGUUUACCCAAAAUAGGAAAAGUUCUGAAGACAUGAUGACGAUCUUAAAGGGCUUAUCAGGAGUUGUGAGACCAGGCGAGGUGUUAGCCAUGUUAGGGCCCUCUGGUAGCGGCAAAACGACACUUCUAACAGCAUUAGGAAGCCGAUUAUUAACCGAAGGCCAACUUUCGGGUACCAUAACCUACAACGACAAACCUUUCUCCAACCCAAUAAAACGCACCACCGGUUUCGUUCCACAACUAGACGUUUUCUUCCCCCACUUGACUGUUUCCGAAACUCUAGUAUUCGCGGCCCUUCUCCGCAUGCCGAACACAUUCGAGAGGGCUGAGAAGAUUGCCACAGCCGAAGAGGUGAUCUCCCAGCUCGGACUGACCAAGUGCAAGGAUAGCGUGGUCGGUGGAGCGUUAUUGAGAGGAAUUUCGGGUGGUGAAAGGAAAAGGGUGAGUAUUGGGCAGGAGUUGUUGAUAAAUCCUAGCUUGCUUCUGUUGGACGAACCAACAUCUGGGCUUGAUUCCACCACGGCCCAAAAGAUUGUCUCGGCCGUGGCAGAACUCGCCAAAACAGGAAGAAGGACGGUGUUGAUGUCUAUUCAUCAACCCUCUAGUAGGCUUUUCUACAUGUUUGAUAAGCUGAUGUUAUUGUCGGAGGGAAAUUCUUUGUAUUUCGGAAAAGGGUCGGAUGUUAUGGAUUAUUUUUCCGGUAUGGGAUAUGCACCAUCCAUUGCCAUGAACCCUUCAGAUUUUCUACUUGAUUUGGCUAAUGGUUUGCCAACAGACGAUAGACAUGAUGAUGAGGGAGCUGAGCAAGUUAAGCAGAGAUUGGUUUUAGCGUACAAGCUGAAUCUGAGUGAGAAAGUGAAGGCUGAUAUUCUUGAAGUGGAAGAAAUAACUAAUGAGUAUAGUACUGAUCAGUUUCAUCUAGAUUCAUCUUUAGAGGACAAAAGAUGGUCAACAACAUGGGGGCAACAAUUCUCCGUCUUGUUUAGAAGAGGACUCAAAGAAAGAAGGCACCACAACUUCUCUAGCUUAAAGAUUGCUCAGGUACUAUUUAUAUCCUUCUUGUGCGGACUACUAUGGUGGCAAUCCGACAUUUCCCAAAUACAAGAUCAGAGUGGACUCCUGUUCUACAUGGCAGUAUUCUGGGGAUUCUACCCAGUUACUCAAGCCAUAUUUACCUUCCCACCAGAACGAAAGAUGUUAUCAAAAGAAAGAGCAUCAGGCAUGUACAACCUCUCCUCCUACUACAUAGCAAGAUCAGCCGGAGAUCUUCCCAUGGAGCUACUCCUCCCUUCCGCAUUCGUGACAAUAACUUACUGGAUGGCCGGUCUUAAACCCGCCGCCACCACCUUUCUACUCACUCUCUUUUUCAUUCUCCUCAACGUCCUUGUCUCACAGGGGCUCGGCCUUGCCCUAGGCGCCGUGUUAAUGAAUACACGGUCCGCCACCGCAGUCGCCGCUGUGAUUACGAUGUCGUUUUUUCUCACCGCGGGGUUCUACGUCCAAAACGUGCCGCGUUUCGUUAGCUGGAUCAAAUACGUUUCGAGUAGCUAUCACACGUACAAGCUCCUUUUGGGGACUCAGUACAAGAAAAAUGAGGCAUACCCCUGUGAAAGAUCAUGUGGUGGUGGAUUAGGGCUAUGCUUGAUUGGGGAUUAUCCAUCUAUAAGAAAAAUAGGACUUGAUGGACAGGCGCUUUCGGCCUUGGCUUUGGUUCUAAUGCUUGUGAUUUUUCGAUUGAUUGCUUAUAUUUCCUUAAUGAAGAUUGGAGUCACAAAAGAUUAGGUGUGGCUGUUCAUGAUUUAAUUUUAUGUUUGCAUUAGUGAGAUAAUUUUAGGUGCUUUUAAUUUUUAAAAAUAAGUCAUUUAGGAUGCACAUUUAUUUUGUUUAUGGGUAUCAGGUAUGACACCACAUGAAACCGUCUUUAUAAAUAGGGCGCGAAUUUCGGUCUAAAUGGGGAUAAAUAUAAGAGUUGGAAUGGGAUUCAUUUUUUAUUCCCAAAUAAACAUGGCGGGGAGAAGGAUGAUACUUUCGGGAUAAUAUAAACCAUGUAAUUUAUUAAUAUUUUUAUAUCUUUAUGUGAUUGCAGAUA